AUGUCGCGAUACCCAGACUAUCUUUCACCGAACGCAACCCCUUCUAGACCAUCCAACUCGCAGAAGUCGAGAGCAAGACGCGAGCCAUCCGGUGUUUUCUCCUUGUUUCAGGCACCUCAGAUCCAGCUGUUCAAGGAGGCAUUUCAACUUAUCGACCACGACAAGGAUGGCUGGGUAACGGAAUCUGAUUUGCGAGAAAUAUUCUCAAGUCUUGGUAUUUCGCCAUCGAAGAGUACGCUAGAUGGCCUGCUCAGCGCGCGCCCUGGUGGCCCUGGGCACAACAAGUCGCCUCCUGUGACUCCUUCGCGCGACUCGUCAGUUUCAUCAGACAGAGGUAUCAAUUUUACCAUGUUCCUCACCAUGAUGAGCGAACGACUUUUCGAGUUCGAUCCAGAAGCUGAGUUGAGGGAGGCUUUUGAAUGUUUCGACGAGGGCGACACGGGUACGGUUAAAUCUGAAGAGAUGCAGAAAUGGAUGGGAGAAGUAGGAGAAAGAAUGGAUCAACACGAAGUUCGUUUGAACUUUGCACCUGUUCUCACCGUCCGAAUUGACAAGUUCCUUAAGAGUUCAUUCACUGAUCGUCAAGGAAAUUUCAAUUACCGCGAAUGGAUUAAAGUGAUACGAGUGAAUGAUGAUGGUGAUGAAGCAGGACCUGACAUGACAUGA